GCCACCUCCCGGGCACGUCCCCUUUGGGCUUCCUGUGGCGCAAACUUCGGGCCACCCCAGAAGGAGCAGCAUUUUGGUAGAAUGUGAAAGCCGUUGGGACUGAGGGGCCUCCCCAAAGCCUAGGGUUCGCCGAGGCCGAUCCCAACCCAACAAUCCUCUUCCCCGGGGCUACCGAUACACCGAAAACCGAAACCGUGUAGAGUUAGAGGAACUUACAUUCUGCUUUUGAAAAGAGCCCUCGGAAUCCUCGCCUUGACAUUGGCUGCCUAUGCGACCUUGGGAGCCCCGCAAUCUCUAAGGAUCUGUUUACUCAUCUGUGAAAUGGAGAGGGAGAGCAAAGGGGAGAACCAAGAGGCGAAGCCCAUCGGGAGCCUCUAGCGGGGCUGGCUCUCCCACAGACCCUUUGGGAGCCUGGUAGAUUCCUGAACUUGCAAAGGUCUGAAGAUGCUGAGGAUUGCCAUCUGCGCCAUCUCUAUCCUGGGGUCUGUCCUGGCUCAUGCCCCCCAGGGCCACGUCUCCAUCAUCCUCCUGGGAGCCACGGGGGACCUGGCCAAAAAGUACCUGUGGCAGGGCCUUUUCCAGCUCUACCUGGAUGAGGCGUCCAACGGCCACAGCUUUCGCUUCCACGGGGCAGCCCUGAAUCCCCCCGAGCAGGGGUGGCAGCUCAUGACCCAGGCCCUGGACAAGCUCUCCUGCCCCUUGGAUGUGCUGCCCGAGUCCUGUGCAGAGCUCAAGGGGCAGUUUCUGAAAUUGAGCCAAUACUGGCAGCUGCAGACAGCUGAGGACUACUCGACCCUAAGCCAGGACAUUGAGACCCGGCUCCAGCAGGAGGGCCUUCGGGAGGCUGGGAGGAUCUUCUACUUUUCUGUUCCUGCCUUCGCCUAUGCAGGAAUCGCCCAGCACAUUAACAGCAGCUGUCGGCCAGGGCCGGGAGCCUGGCUGCGGGUGGUCCUCGAGAAGCCCUUUGGCCAUGACCGCCGCUCCGCCCAGGAGCUCUCCAAGGAACUUGGGACCUUCUUCCGAGAGGAGGAGAUGUAUCGCGUGGACCACUACCUUGGCAAGCAGGCAGUGGCCCAGAUCUUGCCCUUCCGAGACCAGAACCGUAAUGCACUGGACCGGCUUUGGAACCGGCACCAUGUGGACAGGGUGGAGAUUGUCAUGAAGGAGACAGUGGAUGCAGAGGGUCGCAUCAGCUUUUAUGAAGAAUAUGGAGUCAUUCGAGAUGUCAUCCAGAACCACCUGACUGAAAUCCUCAUGUAUGUAGCCAUGGAGCUUCCCCGAAACCUCAGCAACCCAGAGGAGCUGCUUCGGUGCAAGUUGCAGACCUUUCGGGCUCUUCGGAGUCUGGAGAAAGGAAAUGCUGUCCUUGGGCAGUACCAGGCUUACCAAGGACAGGUCCAGAAGGAGCUGCAGAAGCCUAGCGGGUAUAUGAGCCUGACACCAACCUUUGCAGGUGUCCUCCUUCAGAUUGACAACCUGCGCUGGGAGGGCGUCCCCUUCAUCCUGAUGUCUGGUAAAGCCCUGGAUGAAAGGGUGGGCUAUGUCCGGAUCAUAUUCAAAAACCGGGCAUACUGUGCCCAGAGUGAGAGCCAUCGAGAUUCGGGGAAGAGCCAGUGUCAGCCAAGACAGAUCAUCUUCUAUAUUGGGCAUGGAACUCUGGGCAGCCCUGCAGUGCUGGUCAGCAGGAACCUGUUUAAACCCUCACCGCCCCUUGGAAGCUGGCAGGAGAUCCAGGAAAUGCCUGAGCUCCACCUCUUCGGUCAGCGACUGGCUGAUUAUUAUGCCUACCGCCCCAGGCAGGAGAGAGAUGCCUACUCUGUUCUGAUUUCCCACAUCUUCCACCAACAGAAGAAUUCUUUCAUCACAACAGAGAACCUGCUGGCCUCUUGGGAUGUGUGGACCCCACUGCUGGACAGCAUCACCCAGGAGGUACCCCGGCUGUACCCCGGGGGGAAUGGCAAUGAGCAUCUGCUGGAUUUUGAGCAGGAGGGCAACCAGGUCGUCUUUGUGCAGCGGGAGGUGGAACAGCUGGUGUCCAACCCCGGCUCUGGGCCAAUGCCUAGCGACUUCCGCGUCCUCAAGGCCAAGUACCGACAGAGCCCACUGGUCUCGGCUUGGCCUGAGGAGCUGAUCGCCCGGUUGGCGUCUGACAUCGAGGUGGCAGCCGAGCGGGCCGUGAGACGCUCUGGGGAAUUCCACCUGGCCCUUUCAGGGGGUGCCAGCCCUGUGGCCCUCUUUCAGAGACUGGCCAAGUGGCACUACAACUUCCCUUGGGACCACACUCACCUGUGGCUGGUAGAUGAGCGGUGUGUCCCGCUGACCGACCCUGAAUCCAACUUCCAGGGCCUGCACGUCCACCUUCUCCAGCACAUCCGAGUGCCUUAUUGCAACAUCCACCCCAUGCCUGUCCACUUGCACCGGAGGUUGUGCGUGGAAGAGGAUCAAGGAGCUGAGCUCUAUGCCAAGGAAAUCUCAGCCCUUGUGACCAACAGCAGCUUUGACCUGGUGCUCCUGGGCCUUGGAACUGACGGGCACACAGCUUCCCUCUUUCCUCACUCACCCAGUGGCUUAGAAGGAGAGAAGCUGGUGGUCCUCACUGAGAGCCCGGCCAAGCCCCACCAGCGCAUGAGCCUCAGCCUCUCCCUCAUCAACCGGGCCAAGAAGGUAGCUGUCCUGGUGAUGGGCAAAAGGAAGAAGGACAUCGCCCUCCAGGUGAGCCGAGUGGGCCACGAGCCCAAGAAGUGGCCCAUUUCUGGGGUCCUCCCUACUUCUGGCCAACUCGUCUGGUACAUGGAUUAUGAUGCUUUUCUGGGCUGAUGGUGCCCAUUGGCUCACCUGCCCUCUCCUGUCCUCCUUGCUUUCUAAAGAAAUUGGUGCCCUAAGGCCACACAUUCCGACAGUGCCCAGAAGGGUGGGGAGAGGAGCAGGCAAUAGCUAUGAACUGAAUGAGUCCAAAAAGAGGCUGGAUUUGAGAUCAGAGGAUCCGAGUUCAAAUUUUGACUCUGAUGUGCUAAAUGUGUGACCUUGGGAAAAUCACCAAACUUCCAUGAACCUCAGUUUCCUCCUCUAUAAAAUGAGGUGGUUAUAGAUGAUGAUAUCUAAGGUCCUUUCCAGCUCGGAGUCUAUGAUCUAUGAGCUUCCUGGGUCUCAGUUUUCCUCAUCUGUAAAAUGACAAGGUUGGACUAAAUGAUCUCUAAGGUAAAUCUGUAAUAUGUAACUACUGCGGUCCCUUCCAACUGUGAGAUUCUGUGAUACUGUGAUUCAAAGUGUUCAUUCAAUGACUACUAUGAACAGGAAACCACUCAGCACAUCCAGGGACUCAAGAUGGAAGAAACAAACCAUUUCCGUCUAUGCCUUAAAGACACUUUUCAUCUGCUGGGAGAGAGAAGAUUCCUUCAGUGAAAAGGACAAACUGCCAUGUCCAGAAAUGCCAUGAUAAUAGAAUGCCAACUGAGCCAACAGGACGCAGAGAAAAAUGGUGGCUAGAGUGGGAUGGGGCUAAUCAGGGAUGGCUUCCCAGGAGGUGAGUUGUUUAAAUUGGUCUUGGGAAAAACAGGAAGCCUCGGUCUGACAGAGGAGAGUAAGGGGAGGGCAUUAGAACAGAGACAUGGUAUAGGUUAAGCUUUGGAAGCCAGAAAAGGGCACUUUGUUGCUAGGAAGGGGUCAGUUCAUUCAACUGCCUCAGGUGGAACAGAAUUCUUGUUGUCAAAUGCUGAAAUGGAGAUGGAGAAAGAUGGGAGGCCACUGGGAGUCAGCCUAACGAUAUCUCAUGUUUCCAUAGACUUUUAGGGUCUGCAGAGUACUUUACAGACAUGUAAAGUAUUUGAUUCUCACAGAAACUGUGAAGUAGGUGCUAUUAUUAUCCCCAUUUUACAGACAAGGAAACUGAGGCCCGAUGGACUUGCCCAGGGCCACUCAGCUAGUAAGUGUCUCAAGCUGGUUUUGAGCCUAAGCCAUCCUGACUCUCCAGUUCCAAGCAGAUCAGGCUCUACGUCAUGGCCAAGAGAACGCAACCCCGAGUGGGGAUGGAUGCCACAAGCCACACUUUCCCAGCAGCUCUCUUCUAGCAGCCAAGGGCUCUUGACCUGUGUGGCCUCUCUUCUGUGGAAGGGACAGCCACGUCCCUUUCUGCCCUUUCUGCCGGAUCACCCAGACCGGGGAAAGGCUGUGAGACCAGCAGCCGAGCCGCCUUCUAUCACUCAGCCUUGCAGCGCCAGCCUCAACAUGUCUUUCUCCUCUUCCAGGAUACUUACACCUGCCCUGUGAUGCUGGGCCAUGGAUAAAAUCUCAGGGUUGUCUCUGAUCAUCCCCAAGGGGGUCUGAACAUUGUAAUGCAAAGUAAUUUUGUAAUCCUCUUUCCUUCACCUAGAGGCAAUAGGAUACUGUAGAUGGAACAUCAGGUAACAAGUAUCGACAUACAUAUGUGUGCGAGCACGUGUGUAUGUGUGUACAUAUAUGUAUGUAUGUUAGUAUGUGUGCAGAUACACAGAGAGGAAUCCUAAUUUUUGGAUGUGAAUCAUGACUAUAAAACAAGGACAUGCCAUCUUUUCUUUUCUAGAAAUACAUACGUGUGUCUUUAUACAUAUGUGUCUAUAUUCCUGUAUUCACACAUAUGUAUAGAUAGUGAUAUCUAUGUGUGAGACACACACCUUCCCUUCUGAGCAUUGCAACAUCCAAGAAGCUUUGAAAUACCUGGAGUAGCGAAUUCAGGCAUGCACGUAUGUAAAUAGCAUGUCUGUCCAGUGUGUAGUAUGUUGUAGGUAGUGUGUGUGCGCGCGUGUGCGUGUGCGUGUGUGUGUGUGUGUGUGUGUGUGUGUGUGUGUGUGUAGCACUUUCAGGGAGGAGGAUUGGGAGGGGAGCUCUGGGGAUGGUCCCAGCCAAAUUCCUCCAUCGAUCCUGUUUCCACUGGCCCCAAUCAGAGCCGCCUCAGAUUCGAUUUCAAGCCGACAGACAAACGAUCAGCCUGGACCUUGAUCUCUGUCUAAGCCGGCCGAUGUUCUUCCCCAAUUCCUUCCUGGCUUUCCAGUUUGGGCUAGGAUGUGGAAGCGGACCCCAUAAUCCAGUUCCUUCCAGUCCCGACCCGCGAGGAUGCUGGGACUGCAGGCAUGGCCCCUCCAAUCUGGAAGUCCAUCUGGCCCAGCCCUAUCGCUCUGUAGCGGUCCUGCCCAGCGGGGACCCAUCCUUGGCCCACAGCGACCCAGGGAUGCUCCUCUCCCACUGCCAUCCAUUCCACUUUGAGAGCCUCCAAGUAAGAUUCCCCCCCCCCCAAGGGCAAGUCCUUCUAGUGGCCACAAGAUGGCACUCGCACACCACAACUUAUUUCCGUACUUCUUAGCUGGGAUGAGGGACUCCAGGGAGCCACUCACAUUCUCCCAGACAGCAGAGGUACCAGCCCACCAAUUUAGGAUGAAGAGACCUCAGAGGCCAUGAUCCCGUCCCCUCAUUUUUCAGUCCAGGAAAUGGAGGUCCGAGAAGGUAAAGUCACUUGGCCAAAGUUGCCCAGGAAAUAAGGAGUCGAGCUGAGUUUUGGUUUGUGUCUUACUAUGAAUUAAGACAGAAGAGCGCCAAGGGCUAGCCAAUGGGGGUUAAGUGACUCACCCAAGGUCACAUAGCUAGGAACUGUCUGAGGCCAGAUUUGAAUUCAGAACAUAAGUCUUCUUUUUAAAAACAAAACCCAAAAAAACUAUCUUACAUCUGCUCUGUUUUCAUUCACUGAACAGAAUUUCUUGUCUCUAGACAUUGAACUACCGUAUACGAGGUUAUCUAUUGCCUGCACUUGGGAAAAUAAAAUAAAAUAAACCUCUACAUCCCUUUUUGCUGAAGCUGAGCAGCUUUCGAAAUCUAGGGAGAGACUUCUUUGUUUCUUUUCCCUGUGCCCUAGACAUAUCAUUUCCCUUUGAUGGCCUCAGACUCGAAACCAAUCCCAAAUGGAAAUCAAUGGAGGCCCAUGUGGUGAGAUGACUCUGGAACUAGAUGGAGGGAUCUGUGGUAAGCCUCUUCCAAACUCAGCUGUUUUUUUUGGUCUUUGAAUUCCCUAUACCAAGCACAUAAGAGGUGAUUAAUAAAUGCUUGCUGGGGAUAGGAUUGAGAACCAUGCCUGGAGUUGGGAGGUCCUGGGUUCAAAUGUGGCCUCAGAUGCUUCCUAGCUGUGUGACCUUGGGCAAGUCACUUAACCCCAUAUGCCUAGCUCUUACUGCUCUUCUGCCUUGGAACCAACAUAGUAUUAAUUUGAAGAGAGAAAGUAAGUUUCAAAAAACAUUUUUUUAUAUGCUUGCUGAUUGACUCGUAGUGUCUGGGUCAGUUAGGGAGGGAGUCAGCAACUAUUAAGAGCCUACUGUAUGCCAGGCACUGUGAUAAGUGCUGGAUUUCUAAGGAAAGGGAAAAACAAUCCCUGCCUUUGAGGGGUCCCCAAUCUAGUGGAGGCGACAACAAGCAAACAAACUAUAGACAGGAUAGAUUGGAAAUAAUCAACAGAUAGGAGACAGCUAGAUGGUGCCAUGCUGGCGCCAUAGUGGAUCGAGUGCUGGCCCUGGAGUCAGGGAGACUUGUCCUCCAGAGAUCAGAUCUGGCUUCACAUAAUUAGUAGCUGUGUGACCCUGGGCAAAUCACUUAACCCUGCUUGCCUCUGUUUCCUCAUCAAAUGAGUUGGAGGAGGAAAUGGCAAACCACUCCUGUAUCUCUGCCAAGAAGAGCCCAGAUGAGGUCACCAAGAGGCAGACACGAGUGAAAAAAUGACCAAACACAAAGCAGUAGAAUUUGCAGGGAUUGGGAAAAGCUUCCUCUAGAAGGUGAGAUUUUAGCUCAUAGAUGACCUUUAACAUCCCUUUUGGCUCUGAAUUUGUGAUCUUAUGUAAGCUGAAAUCAACCAGUAAGCAAAUAGAAGAGAUGGGAAACGAUUGCAUAUGGCAUCCCUACCUUGGGCAAUAACCUCAUUCUCUUGGAAUGGGGUUAGCGAUGUACAUUAUGGACGUUUUUCCUUAAUGCUUUUCCCAGCACACUGCCUGGCACAUGAUUAAAUGCUUAAUAAAUGCGUGUCAACUGGAAUUCAUGGGCAUCUUUUCACAGGGUCCCUGGUCUCGAGUUAGAAGGGCAUUGCUCUUCCAUUAAAAUAUUUGGUCCAAGAUUCACCUUUGAGAAUGGAUGUCUCCAAACCCUGGCACGUCCUUGAGCUGACCCAAGUAGGUGCUCAUCCUUUUCUAAAUAAACACAUCCAUUGUGCCCUCCAUCCUCAGGGACAAUGCCUGGCCCCUAAUGGAUGCAGGCACUGCAGUGUGUUAUCCUCUUUGGGGGCUCUUUAUAAAUGACUAAUUCUUCAUUUAGGUGACAUCUCUGUGGCCCGAAGGUAAUUUCUUCCUGCCUUUUCAGGACUUGGCAAAGAUUUUGAAGGCUAAUCAGAACCUGAUUGAGCCUUUUGCCUUAACUGGUAGAUCUAAUAAAACAUUCCAGGAAAUGCAGGUGGGCCUAGGGAGGACCCAAAAAUAUCCAUGGCAAGAGAUCUCUGGAAAAAAAAGAUUGGUUCCUAGAAACAUAAGCUAUUCCAUACCCUCUCCCCAAAAUAACCAGUCCCUGAAUCUCAGGUCCCUUCAAGGCCAAUGCAUACACUAAAGAAUCCUUAGUAUUAGCCCACGAGGAAUAUUCAGCGUCAGCUUGGAGACCUUCAAAGCAGGGAGGAGGAAUCUGUCCCCUUCCUCCCAAAGGAACCCCCAUUCUACAGGGGAGCUCUCAUCAUCAGGCAGUUCUUCCUCACAUUAAGCCGAAAUCUCCAUAUUGUCCUUGCUCAUCCUACCUUCUGGUCCAAUUGGGACAAGUUUCUGUCUUUAGUUUUGUCUUCUUUUUUUUUUUUAAUAGAAAACUGGGAAUGCCUGUUCUGUACAUGCUGCUUUUCUUCUUAAGUAUAUAAUAAAUCCAACAUGUUCCUCUCAAAGCUCUCCUGCCAAGCAGGACAAGUUUACUCCCUGUGAUGUGUGUGUCAAUAGAUGGGUAGUUUGACUGUUCCCACCUGUGCCUCACCAUCCUGAUUGAGUCCCAGCUUCCCAUAAGCUCCUCAACAGGGAAUGAGGCAGCAGCCACCCAAGGUGUUAGAGGCCAUCCUCUCUGUCUCUGGAUGCUUCAAUGGAGGAUGGGGAGAGCAUUAUACUCCUCCUGGUUUCCCAUCAUCCCUUACCCUCACCAUGUGACCGACCCAUGUCUUUGUACCCUACGUGUCCCUGAUGACAUCCUUUCUCCCUGUUCUUGGGAUUUCCUCAUUGGUUCUGUGUUGCUGCCUGUUCCUGGACCCUUGUGGUGCUGGUGCUGGUGAGGGGGCAGCGCCAAAAGCUGAAGUGGACCCUGGAGCAUCCUUUACUAGUGGUGUGUGUGUGUGUGUGUGUGUGUGUGUGUGUGUGUGUGUGUGUUUGUAUGUGGUUGUUAUCUGAAAUGGUGGCAUUCAGGGACUUUGGGUUCGAGCACUUUCUCUUUCACUAAUUAGCUUUAUGAUCUCAAGCAAUCCACUUGGCCUCUGUCGUUGGCCUUGACCACUUGACCUCCAAAUGUAAGAUUCUGAAAUUCUCUAACAGUCUUUGAACCCUUCCUACUUCCAUUUUCUGCUUCCCUGAACACUUGCCUCUGUAGAUGGGUGUCCCUUUUUUUUUUAAACCCUUACCUUCCAUCUUGGAGUCAAUACUGUGUAUUGGUUCAAGGCAGAAGAGUGGUAAGGGCUAGGCAAUGAGGGUCAAGUGACUGGCCCAGGGUCAUACAGCUGGGAUGUGUCUGAGGUUGGAUUUGAACCCAAGACCUCCCAUCUCUAGGCCUGGCUCUCCAUCCACAGCUGCCCCCAGUGUCCCUAUUUUUAUAGCAACCCACACUAUGAAAGUAUGCCACGCUGAAAUUAGAAACACAAGGGACAGAUUUACUGCAGGCUUUAGAAGAAAUUGGCUUUAUAGAUAUACAAUCUAUCUAUGUAUGUGUGUAUAUGUACAUGUGUGUAUAUAUUUCUUUUUUCUAUACUUCUGCAUAGAUAUAUGCAUAGGCAUGCAUCUAAACAUGCAUGUCAUGUGUAUAUUUGCAUACCCACACACAUAUGUGCCCAUACACCCUCACACAAAUUUCCUUCAUCGAUGACAUCUCUUGCUGCUAGAGCGGGGCUAGUGGCCGUAGAAGCAAGUAGCACUGUCAGCAAGGGGAAGUGCUUCUCUUAUUACAAUUAUAGCGAAUUAUCACUGGAUCCAGUGGGAAAAGGGUGACUCCCCUGAAAUGAUCAGCCACACAUGUUUUCUAAAGCGAGGCUCAUCCGUGUCUAUAUGUCCAUGUGUGGGUGUGACUCCCCUAAGCAGAAGCAGAAAAGGAUAACUAAUUAAUUCUCUAUUUGGGCUCCUUUUUACACGUCUGUUUCCAAGGAUGACUAUUUAAUUAAGACCUUCUGUGUGGAUCACCACAUUGGCACAUGAAAGCGGAUGGAUUUCCGCGUCUGACUUGUGGGCAGGAGAUAGAGGAGCUUUCUAAAGUGAGCUCCUCCAUUCAUGCAGUACUGGCUGUGUCAGGUGUAUGUAAAUUACCCAUUAGCUUUGCGAACUGAAGUGUAAAUAGAAGAAUUGGUGAAUUUGCAGCUCUUUGGUUUUUAACCAUCUCCACGUGGGUCUAGAAGACUGUCAGCCGAUACCCUUAGAAGCAAGUUAUCUCGUGUAUAAAUUCUCCAAACUAUGUCGUUCUGUAACCAAGGAACCCGUCAAAAAUAACAUUUCCAUUGCACGAGGAACUAGAGAGUCCAUCCGGUCCAAUUCUCUGCAAGACUUAAAAACAGGAAGGUGCUGGGAUAGGCCUGAGGGGCUUCUCGGACUGGUAUGAAGCUCAUUGACCUUUUCAGUUGGGGAGGAAGAAGCCACACUGGUGAUCCAAGAAGACUUGAGGGUGGUGGGGGAAGAGAGAAACCAUUCCUCAGCGUCAUAAGGCUAUGGUUGAAUACAAAGAUCUGAAGAAGAAAACAAUAUGAAGCCAAGCAAGACCUGCUGUUCUGUAGUUCCUGUAAUGAAUUCUGUUUUACAAGAUCCUGUCCACCAGGUGCCCAGUUACCCAAGAUGUAGGUUUGACCAGGUUGCGGGGUGAGAGACGGUAGAUGAUAGGAGCUAGAGCAACGUCUUCCCAAGUCUAGAGUAGGAGUAGUGGACACACUUUCCCCAAUGGGCCAAGCUAUCCAAGAGAUCCCAGAAAGUCCCCUAGCACUUUUCUGUUAAAGCUUAGGAGCUGAAAUCUGUACAUAGACUUUUGGGACACCCUGAUUAGCUCUCCGGCCCCUAGCAUAUAGCCUGCUUCUUUGGGGUUGGUCCCAUGCAAUCUGUUCACAAUCAAGGCAGCCUGAGUUAGCUUUGGUGGUGGUGGUGGUGGGUAUUUCUAGAGAGGUACCAAUGGACCUUCUAUUGGGGUUUUGUUAGGUCUGGGAAAACACUGGAAAUUCAAAGAUCUUAAAUCUUGUGAGACAUUUCUAAACAAAAAAAAAUGAACUUGAAUUUUCAUAUGUUCACUGUAAAAAUGUAUAUUUUUAAAGUAAUAAAGAUGUUUUGCCAAGAAA